UUCACUCGACGUUCGCCCGCGAAAGACCAUGUCGGCGACGCGCCAAAGCAAAAGCGCCUUUGGCGAUUCGCGCAAGUGCAAAUCCGCCGUCUGCAGCUGGGAGCAUCGCUCGUUCGAGCAGCAUCGCUCCAGGGUGCGGGAAGCGACGUCAACGGUGAACAUGAAGACACCGGAUCGCCGUCCGCACGUUCGUUACGAUGCCAAGAGGACUCAGCUUGAGCGCGAGCGUCAAGCGCAAAUUGCUCACGACAACUUUAUACUCUUCAAGCGUCUCACGGAAAUCAUGAGCGGCAAAUUGCAGCGCAAGUAUCCCAUCACUCAAGCCAAAUCAAGCUGCAUAAAGAUACGCUGAACGAUGAAUUUUAAGUGUUUCUUUUCGCUUGUUCAAGUAGUAUGAGAUAGCAGUAGCUUCUUUUUUUUUUUCGUACGAAAGGAACCAAGAGACUUGACGCAGAGUGCCUUUGAGGGAAAUCCGCGUGUGCACUGAAAAUCUACGAUACUCAAUCAAUUAUAUAGCUUUUCGACCCAUUUUCCGAAGAUGUAAUUUUGAGAUGUGAUUUAUGACGUAGAAACGUGCACCAACGUAUCGCCUAAU